AUGGGCAGGGCACGUUCUACUUCCAGAUGGCUUAAAUAUGAAGGGUCAUGGGUUGAGGACCUGAGACAGGGUCAUGGUGUCUACACUUACCCCAAUGGAGACACUUAUGAUGGGGAGUGGCUGCAUCAUAUGAGACAUGGCCAGGGCAUUUACCACUACCACAAAACCGGCUCGAAGUACAAGGGCUCAUGGGUGAAAGGCAAGAUGGAGUCAGAAGGAGAGUACAUCCACUCCAACCACAGAUACAAGGGUAACUUUGUCAACAAUAACCCACAAGGCCCGGGGAAGUAUGUGUUUGACCUCGGGUGUGAGCAGCAUGGGGAAUACCACCAAGCAGAGCAGGACCGAGCUGAGGGGGAGUGGGGCGAGUUGGCCUCCACCGCCGUCCUCAAGUGGAUUCCCAAGUGUAUCACUGGCCUGACGCUGUGGACUCCAGCAGGCAAAAAGGAAGCAGCUUCAGUGGAAGAUGGGGGCGAGAACUGACCUGUCUGAUCAAUCCACAACACUGCAUCUUAUAACCUUUGUUUAAAAAUAACAUAUGUAUGAAUAAAUAUGUAAAUCAGUCCGUUAA